UGACCAUAUAUUUCUGACAGAAAGUGAAAGGUGGGAAGAUUGGAGAGCACCAGUUUACGUUAAGAACCGUUUUUGUCUCAUCCAAGUAAAAGUUUAACAUAUCGUAUGUAACUGUAAAUAAAGUAUUUUUACUGAACAUACAUAGCCUAUACAAUUAGAUUACUUUUGUGUCAGUUUACAAUCAGUCCCAUAUAGCUGCCCACAUGGGUGACUUCCUGUUUGCUGAGAGCGCGUGGUUUGAGUCGGAGCUCUUUCAAACUUAUUCUUAAUACAUCGUUUAUUCUUGUUAUAUCUUAAGACUUGUGUUUUAAAUUGUUAUUCACCGAGGUAAAACAUAUCCUUAAGUAUAUCCCAUACCAAAAAUCGUCCUUAAACGCACCGAUAAUUUAUUUUUAUCGGAUCAAUCGCUAUUAGCCUCAGGCUGUUAGCAUUCCCAGCCUGCCUGCUUACUGCUUAACACACUGUUCUCAUUAUUACAUCACUAAUGGCUAAUGUUUCAGAUGUGUUUGUACCUCUGAGUGCAGAUGAGGAAACGAUCGCACUUCAGUCGGAACUGGAGGCUGUGGAGAAGCAGAUCCAGGAUCUACUAGAGAAGCAGACACGGCUGCGAGAACGUAAAACGGCGCUGGAAACAUCCAGAGCUGACGCUCGCAAAUCCGCGAGCCCAGGCUUCGAGAACACGGUCAGCCCAAAUGAACUUCACUCCUGCACCGGCACACCCACGGCAAAGGCGCGAGCCAGGACUGGAGCGAUGACCCAACCGCCGCCACCGGUCUUCGAGAUCCCGACCAGGAACCGCUUUGCCGCCCUCUGCGAGACGGAAUGCAACGCUGUGGUCAUCGGAGACUCAAUCGUCCGGAACCUACGCGCUUCCUCCACUAAAGGUAAGGUGCGCACUCAUUGUUUUCCUGGCGCCCGUGUUCUUGAUGUCUCUGCGCAGGUACCUGCGAUCCUGAAGGACGAUGCUAACGUCGGAGCUGUCGUGCUGCACGCGGGGGUGAAUGACGUCAGGAUGAGGCAGUCGGAGAUCCUGAAGAGGGACUUCAGGAGUCUGAUCGAGACGGUACGCAACGCAUCGCCCACGGCGAGGAUCAUCGUAUCAGGGCCGCUUCCUACCUACCGACGAGGGAAUGAAAAGUUCAGUAGACUAUUUGCUCUAAAUAAAUGGUUGAUGUCAUGGUGUAUUGAACAGAAGCUGCUCUUUGUUAUAAUUUUGAUCUGUUCUGGGAGCGACCUAGGCUCUUCCGCCCUGACGGCCUGCACCCCAGCAGCAUCGGAGCGGUUCUUCUGUCUGACAACAUCUCAAAGACGCUACGCACCGCUUGACUACGUCUCCCAGCGGUAAGUCAAAACUUCAACCAUAGUCUGUGUUCCUCCCACUCAUCUGUUAGAAAUGUUACUGCUUCCAAAUGCAUAGAGACUGUGUCUGUCCCCCGAAUAAUACUACAAAAUAACAAAAUAGCCAAAUCUCAGAGAAAAAAUCUAAUCGUGAUUAAACCUGAGGACAAUGUAAUAAACGACCAAAACAAACU